AGGAGGAGGACCGCGAAAACACGGAGUUUGGCUCAGUACUUUCUCUUCGGGAAGGCGGGCGGAGCCGAAAAACAAACGUCUUCUGAGCGCUUGGGGGCGGGGCAGACGGGAGCAUCGGAGCCUCCGGAGCCGAAGCCUUCGCCGAGUUGGCUUUUCGGUUGCUGGUCGCGUUGGCCGAGAGGUCUGAGGUCGGGCUGAGAGUGGGGAGCAAUGGCGACCUUUGUGAGCGAGCUGGAGGCAGCCAAGAAGAACUUGAGCGAGGCCCUGGGGGACAACGUGAAACAAUACUGGGCUAACUUAAAGUUGUGGUUCAAGCAGAAGAUCAGCAAAGAAGAGUUUGACCUUGAAGCUCAUAGACUUCUCACACAGGAUAAUGUCCAUUCUCACAACGAUUUCCUCCUGGCUAUUCUCACGCGCUGUCAGAUUUUGGUGUCUACACCAGAGGGUGCUGGAUCUUUGCCCUGGACAGGGGGUUCUGCAGCCAAACCUGGAAAACCAAAGGGAAAGAAAAAGCUUUCUUCUGUUCGUCAGAAAUUUGAUCAUAGAUUCCAGCCUCAAAAUCCCCUCUCGGGAGCCCAGCAGUUUGUGGCAAAGGAUCCCCAAGAUGAUGAUGACUUGAAACUUUGUUCCCACACAAUGAUGCUUCCCACUCGGGGUCAGCUUGAAGGGAGGAUGAUAGUGACUGCCUACGAACACGGGCUGGACAACGUCACCGAGGAGGCUGUCUCCGCUGUGGUCUAUGCGGUGGAGAAUCACCUUAAAGAUAUAUUGACAUCAGUUGUGUCAAGAAGGAAAGCUUAUCGAUUACGUGAUGGUCAUUUUAAAUAUGCCUUUGGUAGUAAUGUGACCCCCCAGCCAUACCUGAAGAAUAGUGUAGUAGCUUACAACAACUUAAUAGAAAGCCCCCCAGCCUUUUCUGCUCCCUGCGCUGGCCAGAACCCGGCGUCCCACCCGCCCCCUGACGACGCCGAGCAGCAGGCUGCGCUCCUGCUGGCAUGCUCGGGGGACACGCCGCCCGCGUCUUUGCCUCCAGUGAACAUGUACGACCUUUUUGAAGCUCUGCAGGUACACAGGGAAGUCAUUCCUACACAUACCGUAUACGCGCUCAACAUUGAAAGGAUCAUCAUGAAACUCUGGCAUCCAAAUCACGAGGAGCUGCAGCAAGACAAAGUCCACCGCCAGCGCCUGGCAGCCAAGGAGGGGCUUUUGCUCUGCUGAAUUAGGAUUUGAGGUGUGGGACCCUCAGCAGAUUCAUUGACUACUGGGGAUUGAAUGUUUUCAAGUCCACAUUUCGAGACUGAAGUGUCUAGUGUAAAUACUACCUUUCCUAUGGAAACGUGACAUUGAGUACAUUUUGUGCUGCUGCUGUGAAGCCGUUAAUAUAAAUCUAAUUUUGAUAAUGACUCAUAUCUCUGUAUGUAUGGGCUCUCAGUUAUGGGAGUAGGCGCUGAGAAAAUUGGGUGCCCGGAAUGGAGAUGUUCAGGCAUCUUAGGGUGGUACCCUACGGUCUGCAUGUGAGGUAGGUGACAUUCUAGAACAAAGAAGCUGUUAGCACUUAGUCCCCAUGAUCAGCAGGGAUGUCUCUGUGUUCAGAGACAUCACAUAUUCUCUAGCUGGCAAGUCCAAACUUUCUGCUAUUUUCCUGAAGAGCUGUGCUUUUAACACAGAGUUAAAAAUCGGUCAUCGUUUUUAGUCACCAGUUUAAUUUUUAAGACUUCGGUAGUUGCCUUAAGAUUCAUUACAACUCCAUAAAAAAUAAGACUUAGAAAUGCUGUGCUAUUAGACAAAGUCCUUUCUUUAAAUUAAAAGCCAGAAUCAAAGCAAUCGCUUAGAAUGUAAUUAACCUCAUAAAAUAUCUUCUCAUAACGCAAGUUCCUUCCGUAGUUAUUAUGCCUGAAAGCUUUGAUUGGCAGGUUCAUGUGUUAUUCCUAUAGAAUGUUUAAAGAAGUCCAUAUAAACAUAUUGGGUUUAUAUUUGGUAAUUCGCUUAUUCCUAUGAAAUAUCUUUUUCUCUUGUUUCAAGUGACAGACAGCAUUGCUAGUAACAAGUUUGUUUUUGAGAGAUAUGUUGCUUUUUGUUCAAGAGAUAUUACUGGUGGCUGUAUCAGGCUCAACAGAUGGGUUUCAGGAGGUCUAAGUAACGUAUGUAUAGGUAUGCAUUUAUGGUCCAGUAUCUGCAUCUGUGUGUUUGGUUUUGUACUUUAAAUGUGAUAAGUAAACUUUUGGGGAGAAAA